UAUAUAGAACCAUUAUCUUCAUUCUUCAACCACAAAACCAGCCCAAAACUUUUUCUUUUACAAUCUUGUAUACUCUCUAAUAAACAGGAGCUUGUAGCACUAGCAGCCAUGAUAAAAUCAUCAAACUCAGCCCUCUACUUGCUAUCUUGCCUUACAGUGUUGCUGCUUCUCCCGGUGCCUUCCCUAUCGGCUGACCCCGAUCAAUUACAGGACUUUUGUGUUGCAGAUUUGAAAGCAUCCAUGUCGAUCAAUGGCUUCCCUUGCAAACCAGCCUCAAAAGUUAGUGCAAGUGAUUUUUUCUUUGAUCUGAGCAAAGAGGGUGUCACUAACACAUCAAACUUAAACUUCAGUAUCACUUCUGCAAAUGUCCUUACAUUCCCUGCUGUCAACACUCUUGGGAUCGCAAUGAACCGUGUAGACUACGGCCCUGGAGGACUCAAUCCACCACACUCUCACCCUCGUGCAUCUGAGUCUGGUGUGAUCAUUAAAGGGAGAGUACUUGUGGGGUUUGUGACAACUCAGAAUGUGUAUUACUCCAAGGUUUUGAAACCUGGUGAGAUUUUUGUUAUUCCUAGGGGACUUGUACACUUCCAAAAGAAUGUUGGAAAAGGGAAAGCUCUUGCAUACACCUCUUUCAACAGUCACUUGCCAGGGGCUGUGAUUCUCGCAACAACUCUCUUUGGUUCACAACCAUCAAUGCCUAAUGAAGUGUUAACUCAGGCCUUCCGAGUAGAAGAUUCUGUUAUCAAUACCAUGAAAUCUAAAUUUGGUUCUUAAGACAAGGCCUUCCUGUUAAGGUCCCUUUGAUUUGAAGAUUUUGUAAUACGAUGUUUGAGAUUGCCUGCCUCCCAUUUGUUGGGCUGUGUAAUUCAGGUUAUCAGUGUAUGUUGUUUUAAUUAUUGAUUGAUUCUAUAAAAUUUGUUGCUUUGAUUA